AUGGGCUGGGUUCUUAACGCGACCGAAGAUGUCAACGGACAAUCAAAGUAUCCCACCAUCAUCUCCAUAUGUGCCGUCUUCUCGGUGCUUUCUACCGUCGUUGUGGGGGCGCGAGUCUGGCUCCGAUCAAAGGCUCGUGGGCUGGCCGCCGAUGACUGGCUGUCGGCAUUAUCUGCGAUCUUUGCCAUAGCCUAUUCAGGCAUCACCAUCGCACAAACUAGGUAUGGCCUCGGACUGCCACUAAAGCUGCGACCCGAGCCGAACCUCGUCAUGUAUACGCGGGUCAACUACUCUGGUAGACCUGUUUAUCAGCUCGGCAUCUCCUUCUUCAAAAUUGCGCUACUGAUAAGCUACCUACGCUUGAUCCAAGGGACUCAUCACAAGGUCUACAGGAUCAUCAUAUGGGUCACCAUAGGCUUCGUGUUUCUAGCGCAUCUAGGAUGUGCGCUUGCGCUUAUCCUUGCCUGUAAACCGGUACAUAAGAGCUGGAAUCCAAAGGCCCAGGGCACCUGCUUGGCCCCAGGUCCUUCCUUCACUGGCUACGCCGUCGUCACAAUAAUCUCGGAUAUCGUCACAGCACUGCUCCCUCUUCCGGUGCUCUUGAAGCUUCAAGUCAGGACGAGCAAGAAGAUCGGGCUCGUCUCGAUUUUCAUGCUGGGAGUCUUGACAACCGUAGCCUCUAUUAUGCGCUACUUGCAGAUCGAUAGGAUACAACACGGAGAUGGCGAUUCCACUCUACUCGUUCUCUGGGGGACGAUUGAAUUCAACAUUGGUAAUGUUGUGUCAUCGCUCCCAUUCCUCGCCCCUCUCUUCAUACGAAAAGCGAAAGACUAUCGAUCGAAACACUCCGAUGAUUACAACACGCCAAGUGGAAGAAACAAGAGCAGGACGGACGGCCAGGGGUCCAGGUUCUCUAUGAAGGUGCUCUCAUCGAGCAGGGCCGGGCCCGUGGAAGAGAACGCAUCGGAGACAGGGAGCCGAGAAAAUAUCCUUGCCGGGGACAGAGAUAUUGUGAAGUCGGUGACAUACAGCGUGAAGGUAGAUGACGCUUCGAUAUCGGGAACUACUCAGGAUAGAUCACUAAGUUAG